UUGUUUCUUUGACACACGGGCCGAGUGAGGAGUGACAUGGCGUCGACGAGCCGCGGAGAUGCUCUGGCCCUUCCUAGAGUUCAGUGUCCCAACCACCCUGAUGCCAUACUGGUGGAGGACUACAGAGCGGGAGACAUGGUUUGCCCUGAAUGCGGCCUUGUAGUAGGUGACCGUGUAAUUGAUGUAGGCUCCGAGUGGAGGACAUUUUCCAAUGAGAAAGCCCUCAAAGAUCCAUCCAGAGUGGGAGAUGCCCAGAACCCACUGCUCAAUGGAGGCGACUUAACCACCAUGAUCAGCAAGGGAACCGGCGCAGCUAGUUUUGAUGAAUUUGGAAACUCCAAGUACCAGAACCGGCGGACCAUGAGCAGCUCUGACCGGGCCAUGCUGAACGCCUUCAAAGAAAUCAGCACCAUGGCAGAUCGUAUCAACCUACCAAGGAACAUCAUAGACAGAACAAACAACUUAUUCAAGCAGGUUUAUGAACAGAAGAGUCUGAAGGGGCGAGCCAAUGAUGCCAUCGCCUCAGCCUGUCUCUACAUCGCCUGCAGACAAGAAGGUGUACCAAGAACAUUUAAAGAGAUCUGCGCCGUCUCUAGGAUCUCCAAGAAGGAGAUUGGAAGGUGCUUCAAGCUGAUCUUGAAGGCCCUGGAGACCAGCGUGGACCUCAUCACCACUGGAGACUUCAUGUCCCGCUUCUGCUCAAACCUGGGCUUGCCCAAACAGGUACAGAUGGCGGCCACCUUCAUCGCCAGGAAAGCUGUGGAGCUCGACCUAGUGCCCGGCAGGAGCCCCAUCUCGGUGGCUGCGGCAGCCAUUUACAUGGCCUCCCAGGCCUCUGCAGAGAAGAAGACCCAGAAAGAAAUCGGGGACAUCGCCGGUGUUGCAGACGUUACGAUCAGACAGUCGUACCGUCUCAUCUACCCGCGUGCUGCAGAACUCUUCCCUCCAGACUUCAAAUUUGACACACCCGUCGAUAAGCUGCCACAACUGUGAAGACGACACUCUCUACACGCUGAUAUUUUUCUGCUGUACUUACAGGAUUGUAUUCUUUCUUUUUUAAAAUCAUAUUUGUGUUGGAUUUGGAAGAUUUCUCUUGGACUCCUAAUACUCCAAGCCGUUUGUCAAGGCGCUCUCACAGGAAUAAAACGGACACAUUCCAGCGCUUAAACAUUUUGCAGACUGUACUUACAGUAUUUCAUUUGAGUGUAUAUACUGUAUCAUGUAUAUAUGUCCAAGUGGGAAAAUGUAAUUGAUGCUUGCAAUUUUAGGCUGGUUUCAUACUGUAUACAUAAAACUUUGUUUUUGUAGAAAAAUGACCAGGUUCUAUUUUGUUAGUUUGUUUGAAUUGUUUCAAGUAAUUUAAAAAAAAUAAAAGAUUUUCAUUAAAG